CAUGAAUCCCACAACAUGUAUUCUGUUACUCUUUUCCUUUUUGGUUAUAGCCAAUGCACGGGUGCACCCUGUGGUGCACGUGGACCAAAACGUCGUACGUCCAGGGGUUGCAAGUCCGGACGUGGUAGCAAAAGCUUGUGAACCAUCUCGAGACAAAGCUUUGUGUGUUUCAAUCUUAAAAACCCAAACCAUUAGCGACGUUAAUGACUUGAAACAAGCAACAUUUGUGGCAAUCCAAACUGCGUCAGCUGAGGCACUUGCAACUUCAGAGAUGAUAAAAGUUACGCGACAAAAAGAAGAGAAUAAACAAAUUGAGGAGGAUGAAAUAGAAGAGGAGACAUUGGCGGAUUGUGCCACGAGCUACCUUAGUAUAGUGGAAAUGCUAGACAAUGCCACAAAUGCCUUGUUGACCGGGCCCGGAAAGGAUGUCACAGUUGACGUAAAAGCGGCCUUGACAACAUCGGAGACGUGUGAGAAGAGUAUUGCCGGAGGGAGGAAGAGUCCUCAAGUAGAGGAAGUGGCUAAAAAGAAUGAAAAUGUGAAGAAGUUUUGUGCAAAUGCUUUGGGCGUUUAUGACGUCUAUGCCAAGGCACCAAAAGGAACUAAUUAGUUAUUAUAUUAAUUGAUCGAAUCGAAAGAUUAAGUAUACUCUAAUAUGUAUAUGUUGUAUAAACUUACAUUUUGGGAUUUUUGAGAAACUCAUUAACAUGCAUAUUAA